AUGGAUAUUGCGUCUCUGUGUGAGUCCUUAUCGUUAUCAGAUGACGAGGAUUUAGUGGUAUGCGAUCUUGGCGAGAAAGCUAGGAAUGUAGGAGAAUCAAAAAUUGCACAUUCUCUGGUAGGCAAGGUUCUCUCAACGAAGAAAGUUAAUAGGGAAGGUUUUAUCUCAGCUGCUAACUACCUCUGGCGAACUUUGAAACCAAUGGUGGUGGAAUCGGUAGGAGAAAACAUGUUCGUCGUUCAUUUCGAAUCACUGGAGGAUAGACGAAGGAUCAUGGGAGGAGGACCGUGGAGAUUCCAGGAGCUACUUAUUGUGCUGGAGGCCCCCACAGGGCUGGGUAACUAUUCAACAAUGAAGUUUGAUAAAACAUCUUUCUGGGUUCAAAUUCACAACUUGCCGCUUAUGGGCAUGACGCGAGAGGCGGGACUUUCGCUUGGAGCUCAGAUAGGGGAGGUGGAAGAGGUGGACCCAGGGGCCACUGGGGACUGUCUUGGAAAGUAUCUAAGAGUCCGAGUGAAGAUGGACAUUACCAAACCUCUAAAAAGAGGGUUGAAGGUGAAGUUAGAGGCAGAAGGAGCUCCGACUGUCAUUAUGCUCAAAUAUGAAAGAUUGCCAGAUUUGUGCAUGAAGUGUGGGAUAAUAGGGCAUCCUAUCCUCGAAUGCAGCAUUCCAGGAAAGGAAGACGGUAUGUACAAAUACAAUGAAACCAUAAGAGCAGGACCAACUCAAAGGUUCGUGACUAAGGGAAAACGUCAGAAACAUGGUGAAAACGGCGGCGAAGGAAACAAAGAUGGAAUUUUCCGGGCACCGGAGAUGGACCAGCUCCCAAUAGAAAGAGGGAGGGGAGGAGAACAGGCGUGCGAAAAGGGGAAGGAAAAUCGAGGAGAAAGCUCAGAAAGCAGGGCUAACAUCACAUCCCAGUGCGAAGACCAAAGCAUAGCAGGGAAGGGGAUGAUUACCGGCGGCCUAGACCUUGUGGAGGUGAUGGUCAGUCAGAGUGAAGUUGGUAAGGAUCACGGUUUGGGGGCGCGAAAAAACAAAACUUUGAAAAAUGGGCAAGAGGGUCAGACUGGGCUGAAACUGAAGGCUGUAGUGCAGAAGCCCAUCGCAAAAAAUGGGCCAAAAAAGAAAUACCAACAAAAAAGCCUGGGAAAAAGGCUACCACUUUUAGACAUAACCCAGCUCUUUGAAAGUGGAGAAGAGGAGAAUAAAACGGCGAAGAAGGAAGAAGGAAGGAAUCCAGAAACAUUAUCUCUAAACAGAGACUAUGAUUCAGGAAAGGAAAGCUCAUCUCAAUCGACGGUGCCUGCGGUGCAGGACCGCUGUUCGCCAUGA